AUGAUUAUUAUUCUAGAGAAUUUUCCAUGCAUUGUAAUGCAACUUCAAAACAGUUUAAAUUUAAAUUUAUUGUUCCAAAGAACAUUAAAACUGGUAAUGUUAGCACAAUUUCAUUUGAUUCUUUGGGAAGUAAUAGUUAUACAAAAGUUUUGCAUUACCUUCUGCAUAUCAGUUAAGAGUUGCUUAAUCAAAAAAUCAUUGGGCUUUAUGGUAAAAAGAAAAUUAUGGAAUUUAUUAGAAAUUAAAUUAAAAAUGAAUAUAUUGAAAAAAGCUUUUUUUAGAGAUGCAAGUUUAAUUAUUUUACUAUACGAAAAGAAAAAAGAACAGCUACACAUGUUUGAUUUAGUAGAAUGUGCACACUAUUUAGAUAAUACAGAAGCAUUGGAGUAUUUCCUAUCAAUGAAUGUACAAACAUUUUUACCAAACUACACAAUUAAUAAAAAAAUAAAUAUCAUAGAACCAUAUAAUAUCAAUAUCAAUAAUAUCAAUAACAAUAAUAACACCAAAACAGAUUCAUCAUCAUCAUCAUCAUUCAGUUUAAACAAUAGUAAUAAUAAUAAUUAUACAACAACAGUAGCAUUAGCAUUCCGUUUAAAAAAUAGUUAUAGUAACAAUAAUACAACAACAGCAGCACCAGAACCUACAACAUUCAGUUUAAAAAAUAGUAAUAGUAACUAUAAUUUAAAUAGUAGUAUUAGUGAAUAUAUCAAUCUAAAUAAUAACAGUACCAGUUUGGCCCGAAGCGCAAGUUGUAGUAGUAUAAGCAGUUGUAAUAGUAAUGAUAGCAAUGGGAGUAGCAGUAGUAGUGGUUGCAACAAUAAAAACAAGACAUUAGAUAAGUUUCAUUCAAACAGAGCUGACCACCCAAAGAUUACCUAUGAAGUUAUAAAGAAAUGUCUCGAGUAUUCAAAUAUUAAAGAUAUAGAAAAACUAUUUAGAGCAAUCAGUACAUAUUCUGCAGGUAUACCAUUCAAUAAACUCUCAAUCAGUUUUAUAUGGAAGAAAGGAUUAAUAUGUCAUUCAGUUACAGAAAGAAUAGAUAAAGAACGUAUUGAAAAAGAAAUAAACUAUAAUUUUAAAUAA